AUGAACACAGGCUCAGAGAUGUCAAAUGCUUUCAGAAAAGGCACCAAAAAUGAACAGGAUAUCCAGGAUCACCAAGUACCCCAGUCUGUCAUUCUCUAUCUUCUUCAGGAAGCUACCAAGCUUGCCUCCCCCUCUGAUUCGGCCAGGUAUGCCUCUACCAGUCACUUUAACAGCUAUUGCCAGCUUGAUUCAGAGCCCCAGAAGAGCUACACAGGCUCCUUCUCCGUCAUGCAUAGUCAGCCCAGCAGUAGCCCUUGGGAGGUUAUGAGUCUGAUCAACCUACAGUGUGAGAGGCUUCUUUGUCCGGUGGAUGGGAAGGAUGUGGAAAUGAAUUCGGUGGCAGCUGCCCCUGCCUUUGAGGAUAGAGGCUGUUCCUUCAAGAAGUCAAAAUCCACAGGCCACAGUGGGGAGCUGUCAGGAUUUAUGGAGGGUAACACCAGCCAUGCUGUCCCACAGCAUGAUGUGAAGGGGCGAGGCAGGAUGCCCAGGAAGCAGAGUCACCCGACCCGUAGUGCUGACCUUAGUGACCCUGACUUCCAGGGGGUAACCUUCCACAUGCACGCAGAGCUCAAUGACAGCAGGGACCAGUGUCGCCUGCUCAUUACCUCAAAUUACAGCGCAGAGCUCCUGAAAGGCCGCCGGAGGGAGAGACGCAGCAGGCCCCGGUCCCUGGUGAGCUGUUUGAAGAGCAGCAGCUCGGAGGAGGAGAGCGACUGCUCCGGCCUCUCCAAGAACAAAGUGUGUGCCUCCUGCAAUACGAAGAAGACCCCUCUGUGGCGGGAUGCCGAGGAUGGGACUCCAUUAUGUAAUGCCUGUGGAAUAAGGUAUAAGAAGUACCGUAUCAGGUGUUUUCAGUGCUGGAACAUCCCCAGGAAAGAGAGCAAUUCAAAUUUGAAGUGCCACAAGUGUGGAGACGCGCUGAGGCUGGCAACUUCUCACCGCAAGCUCACCAGCUGGUAA